UUUUAUAUGUCAUAAGCUCCUAUUACUGAUAUUACAAUGACCAUUUACGGCAGGAAACUUUAAGGUAUCGGAGCUGGCGGAACUUGUCGUGUGAGUAAGACACACGAGUCGAAAUUGAAGUGGCAUUGACAGUAGUGGUGAUUGUGCAGUGGCGGAGUCUCAGAUCUUUUGUUAAGCAGAAGGGUAGAAAUUGAAGGAAAUUUGUAUCUGAUUUGUCGCUGAAGCAUCAAUUGCUUCUUUGGCUGUAUUAAGGAAAUAGAAGGAAUCUGUAUCUGAUUUCACAAAUUAAUUGGGUUCCAUAAUGGAGUGGUCAGAAGACACUAUUAAGAAGCACGACAAAGAACUCCGAGGGUUCGACUGGGAUAAUCCCGUGGCCUGUCAUAUUGAGGAACUAUUGACAAAACAUUUAAGUGCAAUAUUGUGCAGUGCAGUGAAGAAGAUUGUUGAAAGUGGGUACACUAAAGAAGUUGCUGAGAGGACCAUUUUAUAUAGCAUCCUCUUCAAAGGUAGUAAAGACAUUGCAUUCAAUGUUGUCGACAGUGCUUUGACUAUACUAAAGAGGGAAAAGGGGAUGAGUAUUGGAAUGAAGUUUCCUGUAUUUGAGAGGUUGCAGAGCCUAGUAGACUACACAUUACUGGAGAUGAUUUGUGUGCUUCGAGAGGUUAGGCCUUCCUUGAGCGCAUCAGAAGCGAUGUGGCGCCUAUUAAUAAGUGAUUUGAGCCUCGUGCAUGCAUGUGAAGCGGAUGGAGGCAUUGUGGGUGGUUCUUGUAGCCAGGAAGCUUCUGGAGACAGCCGGGCACUUCCCCAGGCUAAUGAUUGUUACUCUUCAAUCCGGUUCGACGAAACUCUGCAGCAGUACAUCGUUGAAGAUAUUAAAGAUGAAGCCAUUCAGAUACUGGUCCCCCACAAGUGCAUGAUCGAGAAGGAGCUCCAAGGAUGGACUGAGUGGGCUAACGAGAAGGUCAUGCAAGCUGCACAGAGGCUUGGGAAGGACCGGGCAGAGUUGAAAAUGUUGAGGCAAGAGAAAGAAGAGAAGGAGAAACAAGCUUUGGUUGAUAGUACCAUAAAGCAGCUGUCGGAAACGGAGUACGCCAUGACCAAUGCUACGGGUCAGAUUCAGAUGGAUAACUGCACUAUCGCUCGCCUUAAGGAGGAGAAUGCUCUGUUGAUGAAUGAUAUGGAAGCCGCUAAGAUGCAGGCGAUGAGGGUGGCCACUAACCUGCAUUCUGCUACGGAAAGAGAGCAGGAGACCCUCAGGAAAAUGCAGUCAUUGGAUGCUGAAAAGGCCAUCAUCCAAGACCAACUCACGGAUCUCAAACACCAGAUAACUGCACUUGACAAUCAACUAGAAAAAGCUAGAGGCCGCAAGGAUCAGUUCAAGGCUUUGUGGAAGCAGGAGGAGGAGGAGAACACAAAAGCCCAAAAGAAAAUUGAUUCCUUGAGGAGGAAACUAGAGGAAGAAGAGGCUGCGAUGAAAAUUGAAGCCGAGAACAUAAAGCAAGCAGCCGAAAAGGAGAUGCAGAAAUGCGCUGAAGACAUCAAGAAGCUUCAGAAAAUGGUUAUGGAGCUGAGUCUAGAGUCUGAAAAGUCAAAGAUAGCAGCAUUCAACAUGGGCUUCCCGGGAUCACGGCUUGCUAACGCGACGGAAAGGUUGGCUGUCUUUCUGGACAACUUCAAUGAGGCUCCAGAUGUGAAACCAGAGAGGGAGUGCGUCAUGUGCUUGUCAAACGAUAUCGCUGUGGUUUUCAUCCCGUGUGCACAUCAGGUUCUCUGCGCUCAGUGCAACGUGAUCCAUGAGAAGCAAGGGAUGGCAGACUGCCCUUCUUGCCGGACGGCCAUCCAAAAGCGUGUCUCUGUUAGUUAUCGCCCUGAUUAGCACCUCAGUUGGUUGUAGUUGGUGCCCCUUUAUUGCGUUUAAUACAAACUACAGUUUUAAAUAGUUUAGAGUUCAAGAAUCAAAAAGAGGUUCCGAAUUCAUGAAUGAAAUCAGGGGAGAUGGUUUA